AUGAGCUCAGACAACGGGUACGAUGCGGGAAAUAAUACUCAGCUGCCACCAGAGGUAAAUGGCGACGGAGACUAUAUCGAUGGCCAAAGCGAAUUCGAGUUUAGCGACUUCGACGAACCUCAGCUCAAUGGAAACUCCCACUAUAUCCAAGCCAGAGAUAGGCCUCCAGACACAACGUUUGAACUCCGCGCGAGCGAUGUCCCUUGCGGUCAUUGCAUCGAAAAGAUAGACUUGGACCACUUUUCAUGGCCUUGCCACUUCGCAGAAGAUGAGGGCAAGUGCCUAGGUUGCACAGCCUCGGGCACAGAAUGCGUAUACCCGAACUUGGCCUUGUUCAUUCCCAUCGUUGAGUUUGCCACGGCCCUGGACGACUGGGAGGCGGACCCAACUAUCCUGAACGCAGAGGCACGCAGCCCCGCCCUUUUUCAAAUCCGUCGAUCGAGCUCUAACCAGUCGCUAUAUUGA